AUUUCAAUGUAAAAUUACAAUUAAGUAGGUUCUUUGCUAUUCCAACUCAAACUUUUUGUUUUUAAAUUAAAAAAAUCAGUGAUGUUCGCAUUCGAAAUUUAAAAUAAAAUGGAUCAAGACAUUCGAAGUGAUUCGCCCGGUGAUACGAAUCGCCAAGAGCAAAAUUCGAAGACUUCUUUUUUAAUCGAGGAUAUUUUGUAUCGCGGGCAAAGAAACACGUUCAAACAGCCUGACCCAAGGAGGUUUGAUUAUGAAAGGGAGCCCAAAUAUUUUCCUGUCGCCAACGAGGUCCGGCCUGUGGCUAGGGAAGGGUCUUAUCUACAAGUGGCUAUGGGCGCCUUAGGGGCGUAUUUACACACACCGACUACUUAUAAGGCCGUGGAAACACCAUACUUCCUUUCUCAAGGUGUCCCUUACCACGCACUGUUCACGCCGUCGGAGCUGUCGCUGUCUGCACUGAAGCAUUGCCGACGGAGGAAAGCAAGGACCGUCUUCUCUGACCCGCAACUUACAGGGCUGGAAAAGCGCUUUGAGUCCCAGCGUUACCUGUCAACUCCUGAGCGCGUGGAGUUGGCGGGCGCGCUCAACCUGUCCGAGACGCAGGUGAAGACCUGGUUCCAGAACCGGCGCAUGAAGCACAAGAAGCAGAUGAGGAAGCAGCAGCAGCAGCAGAGAGGUGCCGUAGCAGUGGACUUUACAACAAAGCUGUCCUCGCAAUCCGCAGAAAGAAAAGAAGAUUCCCGAAUAUCCACAACUCAGACGUCUGAAUCUGAAACAGAACACAGUGAUAGUGAUAUCGACAUCGUAGGCGAACCAAAUUAUUCACAACACUACAGUGGCACGUAAAGUUAUUAAUGUAGUCUGUUAUUUUAAUCUGUAGAUAAACAGAUAUUAACGAUAAUGAUGUCGAAUGUUGAAUGAUUUGCGUCAGUUCUACAGCUGUAUAGUAGCUACACCAAAUUAAUUUUA